AAUCCCACCAUAUAUAAAAUUCUACCAUCAAAGUCAGACGCUUCUCCUCCAAUUCCCAAUUAUUGUCAGAAGAAGAAGAAGCAGCAGACCCAACAAACAAAGAAUCCAAAGGGCCAUCCUUUUCUGGGCGGUUGCUUCAGAGAGCGGGUGGGUUGCCUUUGGAAUCCGGUUUCAGGAAACAAGACUCAUUUUCUCACGGAAGCGGCUCUUUGUUUCCUGGAAUCGGAUUACCGAUUGGAUAUUCCGGGGCGUAAUCCUCCCCAGUGGAUCCAAUUUGUUGCUUUCUGGGUCUACCUUGAAUUGAAUGCAUGGGAGCAGUGCUUGUCUAGCGUGCCAUACUAAAACCAAACUGGAAACUUCAGUGGAUGAGAAACUGAAAGAAAGAUCAAAUAAAAAGCCAACAGAAAGGAAACCUAGUAUAUCAGAAGGCUUCUGGACCACCAGCACGUGGGAUAUGGACAACAGUGCAGUUCUGUCACAGGGAAGCAUAUCAUCAAUCAGCACAAACCAGACCCUUGAUCCGCAUGGUGGUUCUGCUGGCAGUAGUGCUCCUUCUGAAUUUGUAAAUCAUGGUCUUCUUCUAUGGAACCAAACUAGGCAGCGUUGGGUAGGGAGCAAAAAGCCUGAGAAGCAGCCACAGCAAAUUCGGGAACCCAAAUUAAGUUGGAAUGCGACGUACGAAAGUUUACUGGGGAGUAACAAGCCUUUCACUCAGCCUAUCCCUCUCUCUGAAAUGGUAGAUUUUCUAGUGGACAAUUGGGAGCAAGAAGGGUUGUACGAUUGAGUCAUUGAGAGCAGCAGAGGUACUAGAAAUUUGAAAAUUUGCUGGUUACAACGUUGAUCUGAGUGUUUGUAUCACUUUUACUGCCUCCUAGUAACUAGGAAGCGACAUCAUGGCUUGUACAUCAACUGUAACAUCAUUAUUGCUUUCUUCUCUUUGGAUCCAAACUCUGAGGGCCUUUUUUUGUUCCCUUGUAUUGCAUUUAGACUGAUUUAUAGGAUUGGAUUCUUCCACCGUUGAUGGUGGGCGAUUUUG